AGAGAUAUUGAUCAACAGAACUAUCAUCGCUGCAUGUACCAGCUGUUAAUUAGAUGCUUAGAUGUAGUCAAAUCGCAGUUGCGGUUUGUGUAUGAGAUCAACCAACCAGAUCGAGACGAUUUGGACGACCACAUCCACGCAGUUCUUGCGAAUGAUCCAGUAUACAUCGAAGCCCUCGUGCACGUUGGAAGCAUGAUUUGCAAUCACACCAUGCCGUUCUACGAGUUGCUAAACGAUUCGGUGCACUCGGACCUUACCUCCAACUUCGCGUUCGAGGGUAACGGGCUUCAGCUGUGCUACUUAUCCUGUACACGCACGGAUACCACCCUACGCGCAUUGUACUACACAACUGUGAUGUUCUACAACGUUGCCGAGUACUUUGAGCUGAACGAGCUCGUACGUAUUGUGCGGAGGUUUGUGGCUGUGGUGUUCACGCGCAUGCUCGGGGCCGCCCCACAAUGGCUCAAGAGUGACGCGCAAUUGUCGACGGAAUUAAGACAAACUGUGAUCCUGUUGGCGAAGUCUCUGUUCCCCAAUGGCACGGAACACGAAACCUUCGAGCUGGACAUGGCUUUCAAGCUGCUGCAAAGUCCAUAUCUCGAGCAUCGGUUGGCAGCCAUUGUGAUUCUCCGGUCGUAUGCGACGUUUUUUAUCCGUUCCACUACGGAUGGCCGUAGGCGUGCUUCGGAUAAUAUGGUUGAGGUUGUCAUGACAGCAGACGCCCUUCAAGAGUGGUUCAACGCAAACGAUGUCAUUGCGCACGUGUUUGGCGCCAAUGCACACACGGAGAUUAUAUCACGGUGCAGGCCCAUUCUUAGGUUCCGGGCCUUGGGCAACAACAUCACCCCAGCGAAUCUGCAGGCGCUUGUGGGCGGCGUACAGGCACACCAUGAGAGUGUGCGGCUGCAGAUCUUCACAGCCGUGACUGAGAUGGUGUUUGCGGUCCGGAGUCCGGUGGUGUUUGAGUACCUGUUCCAGUUACUAGAGAAUAUUCCCCUGUCUGAGUGGGAUGUGCUGCUGCUGGAGUUUGUGUGCAAGUGCGCGGCGCCGGCUCUGAGGUUUGUGUCAAGAUGCCUGACAGAGAUUGACGCCUCUCCCGAAGUUCGCCAUGCAUUCUACACCAACGCUGAACAGCUGAGUCACCGUUUGGAUUUGUUGGCUGUGGUGUUGAAGGGCGGACUAGCACUUACCCGCGACCAUUUGGACACACUCUGGCGCUGCUGUCAGACAAGAGUGAUUGACACUGCCACCAGUGUGCCAUUUGGUGAGCAAGUGCUGUUCUGGCUGGAUGCGCUCAUUGGCGAUACGUCAUUCCCAAAGGAGAGUAUACUAUACCUGUUUUCCAAUCGAGCUAGUCUGAGUCCAUCCAAUAUGAGCAAGGGAGAAUUCAAGCUGUUCACGACACUCUUCGUCAAGGUCAAUUUUGACGGUCAUAAACCGAAAGACGAUCUGAUUGGACUAGAUAGGCUGUGGGCCCUGGCGCUUACUUGCGAAUCUGAUGAGCUGGCAGUGGAGGUUAACGAGUUCGUGAUUGCAUUGUAUGCAAACUUCGACGUGUCACAUGCCGAUGACGCUGAACAGCGACUGUCGCGACGCCUGGAGUUCAUCGGACGGUGUAUGCGGUGUGUUGCCAUGGCAACCAGCGCGCACAAUGAAUCAGAUGCAGAUAUUCAGGCAGCUGUUAACAACGUACUGUCGGCCACAGAAGAUCACAUCAUCCCAGAAAGCACUACUGAAGGAGAAAGUGAAACCAGCGGAAGCGUGACUUACACGGAUAUCUCCAUUACUCGUGCGCUGACUAUGCUGUCCCAGUACAACAAGCAAUACGCACAGGACAACCGCGACAAGCUGGCUAAUUUGACCAUAUCCAGGACCGGGUACGUCUUCGAGGGGCAACCCCUGCCGCUGAAGAUCUGCCCAAUGGGGCAGCCAGUGAUCAAUCUCAAUGCCAUGACUGUCACGACAAUAGGCGAGGUGAGACGCCUCAUAGCCACCACACUCAACGUUCACCACACUGCGCUGAGAAUCAUUGCUAGUGGAAAAGAGCUGAAAGGAGACACUCAGACUUUGGCACAGGCUCAGAUCAAACCCGGCGCGCGCCUCAAUGUGAUGGUAAGCCCGUUAGUGCAGGAGGGUGGCAUGACCAAUGAGAACGCUUCUAUUAAUAGCCCGCAAUCGCCGGCCGAUAACGCGCCCCCUACCGCAUCCAGCGCCGCCGCCUCUGACGUACCCACUGUAAUUCUGGCAUCGGGCCAUUACUUCGACCUGCUAUUCAGUCUGCUCAAGAACGAGAGUGCACCGUAUGUGGGUGGGCUGUGGGCGCUGAUCGAAUCAUUGCCGUACAAUGUGGACACGUACUUUGCUUUUGUGGAUUUGGGGGAAGACUCGUUGCGCGUGAAGAAGGAAGUUGGUAUGGGGUUAGUACACUGUGCGUAA